AAAAAAAUUGAAAUCAUGGAGUACAUGGGAGUUUUUCCGGGCCGGACAGCAGGCAGCAGCAAAACACGCGUAAUGAUUUGGUAGCACAUGGCUUUGGAGCGGGACCUUCUAUUUUGAACUAUCACUAAUUUAUCUUUCUUCCAAUUCAUAACAUAAUUCUAUACCCACUGAGCUACAGAUUCUUGCGGCCACACUACUUCUACUCCAUUAUCAAUCUCAGAUCUGUUGAUACAUUUGUAUAUAUUCCAUUUCGGAGCAGUUCGUUUGGGGCUAUCAGUUAUCAAUUUUCUAGUUUGUGAUUCUGGGUACUGGAGUAGAACUAGUGCUAUUUAUUGGAGAAUUGGAAACCCUAGGUCAAUGGCGGGGUCGGUACAACCAGAAGCCAUACUGGAAUGGCUUCAGAAGGAGAUGGGGUACCAACCAUUAGGGUCAUACGCAGCUUCAAGCAAAGCAGCAAUGCCUACUAUUGAUUCACUUCGCAAGAUUUGCCGUGGUAAUAUGAUACCCAUUUGGAAUUUCCUCUUGAAUAGAGUGAAAUCCGAGAAAACUGUUGAAAAAGUCCACCGGAAUAUUCUUGUACAUGGACGUGAUGAUGGCAAUGGAAAUGUUAAUGCUGUUGAUUCUGGGAGGAGUAAAGGGAGGAGGAAGGAGAAGGUAGGGGUGGUUAGGGACAGUGGUUCGGGAUCCUCUUCGAGUGUGGGGUUGGGUUCAGCUGAGAAUAGUAGGGAAUUUGCUUUGCAGGAAAGAGACUUGGCAGAGAAAGAAGUGGAAAGGCUUAGGCAGAUAGUGAGACGUCAGCGGAAAGAGUUGAAGGCUAGGAUGUUGGAGGUCUCAAGGGAGGAGGCUGAGCGUAAGCGCAUGCUUGACGAGAGGUCUAACUACAGGCAUAAACAAGUAAUGCUGGAGGCUUAUGAUCAACAGUGUGAAGAAGCUGCAAAAAUAUUUUCCGAGUACCAUAAACGUCUAAGUUAUUAUAUUAACCAAGCAAGGAACGUUAAGCGGUCUAGUGUUGAUUCUUCUGCUGAGGUGGUUACUACUUUUCAGGCAAAUGAGAAAGAUGUUUAUUCGACUUUUAAAGGAACCAAAAGUGUGGAGGAUGUCAUUCUCAUUGAAACAACAUGGGAAAGAAAUAUCAGGAAGGCAUGUGAAUGUCUUGCUAUGCAAAUGGCUGAAAAGAUUCGCAACUCUUUUCCUGCUUUUGAAGGAAAUGGAAUCCAUAUGAAUUCUCUGUUACAAGCUGCCAAGUUGGGUAUUGACCUUGAUGGUGAUUUACCCGAUGAAGUAAGAGAUGCAAUUGUUAGUUGCCUGAAAAGUCCUCCCCAGUUGCUACAGGCAAUCAAUGCCUAUGCUCAAAAGCUGAAGACUACAAUUACUCGAGAAAUAGAGAAAGUUGACGUUAGAGCUGAUGCAGAGAUUCUAAGGUACAAGUACGAGAAUGACAGAGUAAUGGAUGCUUCUUCUCCUGAUGUAACAUCACCUUUACACUAUCAACUUUAUGGCAAUGGCAAAAUUGGAGGUGAUACGUCUUCAAAAGGGAGUCAAAAUCAACUUCUUGAGAGACAGAAAGCACAUGUUCAGCAAUUCUUGGCUACUGAAGAUGCAUUGAAUAAAGCUGCAGAAGCGAGAAAGAUGAGCCAACAGCUUUUAAAGCGUCUGCAAGGAACUGAUGAUGCAAUCUCUUCACACUCACUAGUAAUUGGAGGAACAUCAAAGAGUAUGAGCAGCCUUAGGCAACUUGAGUUGGAGGUCUGGACAAAGGAAAGAGAAGCAGCUGGACUAAAAGCUAGUGUGAACACACUGAUGUCUGAAAUACAACGUUUAAAUAAAUUGUGCGCGGAGAGAAAAGAAGCUGAAGAUUCUUUGAGAAAGAAAUGGAAGAAGAUUGAAGAGUUUGAUGCUCGCAGAUCAGAGCUGGAAUCCAUUUAUAGUGCCUUACUAAAGGCAAGCAUGGAUGCUGCAGCAUUUUGGAGUCAGCAGCCAUUAGCUGCAAAGGAGUAUUCAUCGAGUACUAUAAUUCCUGCUUGUACUGUUCUUGUAGAUUUAUCACACAGUGCAAAAGAUCUUAUUGAGCAAGAAGUUUCAGCAUUUUAUCAAACUCCUGAUAAUACACUUUACAUGCUUCCAUCAACACCCCAGGCACUAUUGGAAUCUAUGGGUGUCAGUGGAUCUACUGGACCAGAAGCUGUUGCUGCUGCUGAAAAGAAUGCUGCUAUAUUGACGGCUAGGGCUGGCGCAAGAGAUCCGUCUGCAAUUCCAUCUAUAUGCCGUAUUUCUGCUGCUCUACAAUAUCCUGCAGGUUUGGAUGUCUCUGAUGCUGGCUUAGCAGCAGUUUUAGAAUCUUUGGGAUUUUGUAUGAAAUUUCGUGGUUCUGAAGCUUCCAUAUUGGAAGACUUGGAAAAGGCAAUCAACUUGGUUCACACACGGCGAGAUCUUGUUGAAAGUGGUCGUGCAUUAUUAGAUCAUGCUAACAAGGCACAAAAUGAGUAUGAAAGGACAACAAACUACUGCUUAAAUCUGGCAGCUGAGCAAGAGAAGACAGCUACAGAGAAUUGGCUACAGGAACUGGAUGUAGCUAUUGGUAAUGCUAAACACUGCCUUGACGAGGAAUGCAAGUAUGCUCGGGGCCUGGUAGAUGAAUGGUGGGAACAACCAGCAUCAACUGUAGUUGACUGGGUUACUGUUGAUGGACAAAAUGUUGCUGCAUGGUGGAAUGAUGUAAAACAGCUUAUGGCAUUUCAUGAUCAACAACUUCGUUGAAUCAUCUCUUUGGCCGCUGUUACAUAAUGUCUGUAAAUUUUCCUUUUUCCGCUUGCUAGUUCCUUGCAACUUCAUGUGGCUUUUGGUUUUCUCGAGGCUGGUAUCAUCUAGAAACAGCAGAGCAAAGCAGGUCACUGCAAAUCUAGGCAGCAUCUGUUGCAAUUUGAUCUUCACCCUAGACCUAGGACUGUAAGAAAAAUUCAGUUAAUAUGGGGGGACUGUCUUCCUCUUACAUAGUUUCAAGGCUGAAAAUGUAGGUCGAGUACAAUAUGUUGUUGCAGAUGUUCUUUCCGUCAUUUUUUGUUGAAGGAGAAAGGAGAGAAUAGCAUACAUAUGAUAUAAUCUCAAGAAUAGAUGUAAAGUGGUCUGCACUUCACACUAUUUGAGCCUCUCUAUA